GGAUGGGCACUGGGCGACUCUGUGCCUCGCGGAGGAAAAUCAACUAAACAUGGGCAAAGAAGAUCCUAAGAAGCCGAGAGGCAAAAUGUCCUCAUAUGCAUUCUUUGUGCAAACUUGCCGGGAGGAGCACAAGAAGAAGCACCCGGAUGCUUCUGUCAACUUCUCCGAGUUCUCCAAGAAGUGCUCAGAGAGGUGGAAGACCAUGUCUGCUAAAGAAAAGGGGAAAUGUGAAGAUCUGGCAAAGGCUGACAAGGCUCGUUAUGUAAGAGAAAUGAAAACCUACAUCCCCCUCCCCAAAGGGGAGACCAAAAAGAAGUUCAAGGACCCCAAUGCACCCGAGAGGCCUCCUUCGGCCUUCUUCUUGUUCUGUUCUGAGUACCGCCCCAAAAUCAAAGGCGAGCAUCCUGGCUUAUCCAUUGGUGAUGUUGCAAAGAAACUAGGAGAGAUGUGGACCAACACUGCAGCAGAUGACAAGCAGCCCUAUGAGAAGAAAGCUGCCAAGCUGAAGGAGAAGUACGAGAAGGAUAUUGCUGCCUACAGAGCUAAAGGAAAAUCUGAUACAGCGAAAAAAGGGGGUGGUCAAAGCUGAAAAGAGCAAGAAAAAGAAGGAAGAGGAAGAUGAUGGGAAGGAUGAAGAGGAUGAGGAAGAGGAGGAA